AAGGAAACGAAGAUGGGGAGACAGUUAUUGUUGAAAAAGACCAUUUUAUGGAUGACUUCUUCCAACAGGUUGAGGAACUUAGAAAUAAUAUAGCAAAAAUAGCACAAAACGUGGAAGAAGUGAAGAAGCAGCACAGCAUUAUCCUGUCAGCACCAAAUCCUGAAGGAAGAACAAAGGAAGAACUUGAAGAAUUAAAUGAGGAAAUAAAGAAGAUUGCUAAUAAAAUCCGAGCCAGGUUAAAGGCUAUUGAACAGAGCUUUGAUCAGGGUGAAAAUGCAAAUCGGACAUCAGUGGACCUCAGGAUAAGAAAAACACAGCACUCUGUACUGGCCCACAAGUUUGUGGAGGUCAUGACGGAAUACAACGAGACCCAAACUCUUUUUCGAGAACGCAGCAAAGGUCGGAUACAGAGACAAUUAGAGAUAACUGGAAAGACCACCACGGAUGAGGAACUGGAAGAGAUGUUAGAGAGCGGCAAUCCUUCAAUUUUCACUUCAGAUAUUAUAUCAGACUCUCAAAUAACCAGGCAAGCUCUGAAUGAAAUCGAGUCACGUCACAAGGAUAUCAUGAAACUGGAGUCCAGCAUACGGGAACUACAUGAGAUGUUUAUGGACAUGGCAAUGUUUGUUGAGACUCAGGGUGAGAUGAUCAACAACAUAGAAAAGAACGUGAUGAAUGCAUCAGAUUACGUGGAACAUGCGAAAGAAGAGACAAAAAAGGCAGUUAGAUAUCAAAGUAAAGCACGAAGGAAAAUGUGGAUAAUUAUCAUUGUGUCAUUGGUGUUGAUUGCCAUAAUUGCUCUAAUUAUUGGUUUGUCUGUUGGUAUUCGGUGACGCGUGGAUAGCCGCAGCGUGCGUGACUUCCUGCCAAUGUGGCAAAAUUGAUGUUCAUAAUUAUAUGUGUAACCGUAUUGCUUCUGAUUCUUGGAAUUGUCCUAGCAACAACGCUGUCGUAGCGAGCGCGUUCCAAGAGCCGUGAGCCUUCGGAAACUCAAACCACAUCUUCAGUGAAACCAAACCUCGUCUGACAGGUGAUGCCUCACGCUGUUCCCCGAUGAUGACCCACCACUAAUGGUUAAAAUUAAAACAAAGAUCACUCUUAAUGUUUACUCACAAAUGAAUAUCAGAAUGUAUUAGGAUCCGUGUGGAUUUCCAUCAUGAACUA